GUUUGUCCAAGUUAUCCUAGCACUGUUGUUGUGCCAAAAUCUAUUGAUGAUGAAACACUGAUAGUUGCUGCAAGUUUCAGAGAAGGUGGCCGUUUCCCCAUUCUUUGUUAUCGUCAUGAUGGAGGGAGUAUAUUGCUGAGGAGCAGUCAACCAUUGCUUGGUCCAAAUUCUAGACGGUGUAAAGAAGAUGAGAAACUUCUAAAUGCUGUACUUGGACCUGGAAAACGUGGCUACAUCAUUGACACUCGUUCAUUGAAUUUUGCUCAAUCUGCAAAGGCUAGAGGAGGAGGGUAUGAAGUAGAAGUUAAUUAUCCUCAAUGGCGGCGUUCUCACAAACCAAUUGACAGACGUCAUGUUCUGCUCGAAUCUCUCACUAAGCUCAUUGAAGCCUGUAAUGAUACAUCAUCAUCUAUGGAUCGUUGGUUGUCACGCUUGGAGUCUUCCAAUUGGAUGACACAUGUCAAGGACACACUUAAUUGUGCAUGUGUUGUGGCUCAGUGUUUAGAUAAGGAAGGCUUGUCUGUACUUGUUCAUGGCUCUGAGGGAUUGGACUCGACAUUAUUAGUGACUUCUCUUGCUCAAGUCAUAUUAAAUCCUGAUUGUCGAACUGUGCGGGGUCUAGAGGCAUUAGUUGAAAGGGAAUGGAUUCAAGCUGGUUACCCAUUUCCCCAGAGGCAUUCACGGUCAUGCUACUCCAGCACUGGGAGAAACAAAAAUCAUGCACCUACAUUUUUACUCUUCCUUGAUUGUGUACAGCAAAUUCACCAACAGUAUCCGUGCAGUUUUGAGUUCAGCCAGCCACUCCUUAUUUUAUUAUUUGAACAUUCUUAUAGUUCACAGUUUGGCACUUUCCUGGGGAACUGCGAAGCCGAACGAGUACGCCUGCAGCUUGCUCAAAGUACAGCCAGCCUUUGGUCGUUUUUAAACCGCCCUGAUAUACUUCAGUCCUAUUUGAAUCCAAUGUAUGACCCUAACAACAGAGUCAUUUGGCCGUCUGUUGCCCCAAUGAGUCUCUCUUUAUGGUCAGAGCUGUAUCUUCGAUGGAUAAUAGACCAAAGUCCUCAACGUAAAGCCCUUCAAACAGUAAUGACACUGAAAGAAAAUGAUAAAGAAUUGAGACUGAGAGCAACCCGUCUAAGGAGACAGUUGGCUGACCUCGAGAAAGAAGCUGUGGAACGAGGGAUUUUGAAAAAGACUUCAUCUACAGACAGUGCAAUGACACCAACAACAAGUACACCCUGUGCUUUGUCCCCAACAAGCCCAAGUCCUUCUGCAAUGUAAUUUUUUUUUAUAAUUUCGUAGAAAGAGUUCUAUGGAAUGAUGUUUUUUUUAAAAUUAAGUAUUGCCUGUGCUUGAUUAUUGUCACUAUCUGUUCUAGGAUAUGUUUCAAUAAUUGAGGGCAAGAUAUAUUUCCUACCAUUAUUGGUAGGGUUUUUGUGAUAUUGUAUGCUUUACUUUCCACUUAUUCUUCUUUUGUCCUUUAAUCUCCAUUAGAACUGUUACACACUUGUUGAGUACUACUUAGGACUCUUUUAUGCUUCAGCAAGAGAAAUAAUAUAUAAUUUUAUCUGAUGCACCAACCAUUAUUAUUAUCUAUCAAUCUACUUGUUAUCCUGUUUGUUUGGCUUUUGCUCUCUUUUAUGAUGUAGGAGGCAUUGAGGUAAAUUUUAAAUGUGAUGCAAUAAUAGUGUAGAGAAAAUGCUUCACCUUUAAACAAAUUGAAGUCUGUAUUGUCAAUCUGAUUGUGAAUGAAUGAAUUGAUCAUAAAGAAUGUGUUGUUGCUAUACAUGCCCUAACAA